AUGAACGUCGGCGCAUGCGACAACUCCUCGUUGGCCUUCCUCUUGUCCAGGCGAGGAAGAGAAUCACUAUUUCAAUACCGUGAAAGCGGGGAUCCAGCCCAUCUCGACGAGUCGAUCGACUUUGCGCGUCAGGCUUUGCACGCCUCACUUCCAGCUGAACGCGCAACCUACCUCAACAGUCUAGGAUGUCGCCUUCGUGAAAGAUUCGAAGCCCUGGGUAAAAUCCAGGACAUUUCGGAGGCCAUCCAGGUAACCGAAGAUGCAUCCCUGGCAAUACACGACCCCACGGAGCAAAUGUUGGUUUUGACCAACCUGGCUACUUACUUGGGUGACCGGUUUGAAAGCAGGGAAGACAUGGGGGAUUUGGAACGAGCCAUAAUGGCUGGCCAGGACGCACUUCGUAUAAGCAGCUCGGAUCAAGGGUCGCAAGCGAUCUGCCUGACCACGUUGAGCAUCCUUCACGGCUACCGUUUCUCCAAACUCGGGGCCUUGGACGAUUUGGAGACCGCAACGCGCAUGGGUGAACAGGCGGUAGAACUCAUAUCCCCAAAUCACCCUGACAGGGCUAUGUACCUAAACGACCUAUCGGCCUGCUACGAGCGCCGAUUUGAGAGACUAGGAGAUCCCACCGAUAUUGACAAAGCUAUCAACUGCUCAAGCGAAGCGGUUGGUUUGAGUCGCGAUGAUUUUGACCGCGGCCUUCACCUCAAGAACCUCAGCAACGCACUCGGAAGUCGAUUCUUGAUUAAAGGGGACGCGCAGGAUCUCUCUGAUGCGAUUACCUAUGUAAGCGAGGCAAUACAGUGCACCCCAGAAAACCACCAGAGAUACCCGUUCUUGCUCCAUGAUCUCAGCUUUCAUCUGGAAGACCGGUUCCGGCGCUAUAACAACAUUACCGACCUCGAGAAGGCAAUCAGUCUUGAAGAAGAUGCUAUUUCCAGAGUCGAUCCAGAGGACCCUAGAUUGCUCAUGCUCUGGGAUGAGCUUGCCGUACUCUUAUCCCUGCGGUGUGAUCUCAACGAUGAUAUCGGUCUGUUGGAUAGAGCGAUAGAAUUGGCAGAAAAAGCACUGGACUCUACAACCGAUGACAACCGAGACCGAGCGCAGUAUUUGGCUCAUAUGGCCGCUUUCCGGGCCAGCCGUUUUGAGCGUACGGGAAGCUUAAAUGACCUGGAACAAUCUAUCCUUCUGGGAAGACAGGCUGUUGACAUUAUUCCAAACGAUGACCCGCACAGGGUUGAUCUUCUAUUGGAUCUGAGCGAUUAUCUUCACAACAGGUACAUCAGGUUAGGAUCACCAGAAGAUAACAGACAGGCGGUUGAAAUCAUACAAACAGCAAUGCAGUCCCAAACAAAGUAUGCCUCGCUUCGACCAAGUCAACUGUGCACUCUCAGUCACCGUUUCCAAGACCGAUAUGGAAGUACAAAGGAGAAAGCUGAUAUCGAUCAAUCUAUUCAACUUGCUCAGGAAGCGCUCAAUCGUGUUCCUCUGGACCACCCUCAGCGCGCGUACUGCCUUCAUUCCCUGAGCAGCGCUCUAGAAAAGCGAUUUCUAGUUCUUGGGACCAUGUCCGAUCUGGAAAAGUCUAUCGAGUACAGCAAAAAAGCUCUCGAAUCUACCUCACCUGAUCGCUCUGAUAGAAUCGAUUACUUAUAUGCGUUAAGCAUUAAGUUGACAUCUCGAUACGAACUGCUCGGUGGCCUAAUCGAUCUAGAAGAAGCCAUCCACUUGAUGCAGAGCUGCAUAGAAAGUGAGCCACCGAACUAUUUGAACCGUGUUUCCCAUCUGAAAACCCUAAGUGACCAACUUGGGUAUCUGUUCGAAAGGAACAUGCAUACGGGGACGUUAGAUCGGGCGAUUGAUACAGCAACUGAAGCAAUGAAGCUUAUCCCCAAGGACGACAUGAUGGGAUCCAGCAUUCUGAAUAGCCUUCAUCUGCUUUUCAUAUCGCGGUUUAAGACAACAAAUAACCUAUCCGACCUGAAAUCAGCCAUCGAGGCCCAGCGUGAGGCCAUAAAACGCGAUUCCCAUUACCGCGGAGAUCGUUCCAUUUUGAUCCACAAUCUCAGCGUGGGCUUGGCUCUUUACCAGCACACUGGUGAACCAACAGAUCCAACGGAAGCGAUCAAGCUAAGCUGGGAAGCAGUCGAGACAGCAUCCGAGUAUCACCCCAAUCGCGCCAUGUAUCUCAACACGUGUGGCACGUUCCUGAAGGAGAACUACGAACUCACCAGGCAGAUAAUUCCUGGGGAUAAAAAGCCGAAGGAUUUGUUCCUUGAGGCCUUCCGCCAUGAGAGCUCUCCUCCGCUAGAUCGUAUCAAAGCUGGGGAAAAUGCCUUUGACUGCUAUAUUUCCAAUGGAGAGUGGACUCAGGCAAAUUCGGUGGCGAGAGAUGUUGUGAAGCUCUUCCCCUUGUUGGUUCCGCGGUGGUUAAGUCAAGAUGACCAGCAACAUCUACUUAAAAACAUAUCGCACUUCACAUCUCGUGCAGCAUCUGCCGUGCUACAGGCAAAUGGACCUCCCCUUGACGCUCUCAAGAUAUUGGAGACCGGGAGGGGGGUGAUAGCCCGCUGCAGUAUCGGUUUGAAGACCGACAUCUCCAAACUUGAGAAAUCGCAUCCCUCAUUGCACGAUGAGUAUACUAUGCUCCGUCGGCAACUUUCCCUUCCCUCUUUCUCAACAUUCUCAAGUGCAGCGGAACCUUCCCAGCCAACAUUGAUAUGCCGACGACGGAAAGCUCCAGGAUUACUCCCACCCCAUAUCACUACCACCGGACCCGAAAGGGCUGAAAUUUUGCGAAGAAUUGAGCAUUUGGAGGAAAAGAUCCGUACAUUUCCGGGAUUUGAGGACUUCAACCAGGCUCCUUCACACGCGUCCUACGCUGAGUUUGCCAUGUUUGGCCCAGUAGUAGUCUUCAACGUCACAGAGCAGCGGAGUGAUGCGAUAAUUGUCGCCGAAAAUGAUGUAUACGGUCUGCAUCUGGAGCAGCUUCGAUUUCAAGACCUCAAAGCCAAUGUCGCGAGAGUGAUAGGAUAUAAACGACUGUCGAAGGGGGUUCCAACCACGAGACCGCAGCGCAACCGGGAGCUUCAAGACAUACUGCACUGGCUAUGGGCGACAGCCGUCCACCCUGUAUUAACUCGAAUAGGCUUAUACAGCGACAAACCGCGAUCUGUACUGCCGCGUGUCUGGUGGGUUGCAAGCGGCUACAUGGGCCUUCUCCCACUGCACGCAGCCGGGGAUGCAACUCGCAGGACGAUGGACUACGUCAUUUCCAGUUAUAUUCCCACGUUUCAGGUGCUCCGAUUUUGCCGGGAAAGACGUCGCAUGUCAUUCCGCGAGCAUGAGCCGAAGAUGCUCCUUGUGUCUGCGCCAGAAAAGCUCGAUCGACAAACGUUGAAGACAAACGUCGAGCUCGAAUCCGUCAGAGAAGGCCUUCAGGGUCAUCAAGUGUCCUACACGAUGCUUGAUAGGCCCUCGCGCGAUGACGUAUUCCGAGAGCUCCCCGAGCACCAUCUGCUCCAUUUCUCAUGCCAUGGCUACUCAAACGCUACUGAUCCAUCGAAGAGCGCUUUGGAGCUUGCUUGCACAGCUGAAGAUGGAGCAACCUCGCAGCUCACAGUAAGGGAUCUGUCACUCAUUGGUCACGAAAAAGCUCAGAUUGCGUAUCUCUCUGCGUGCUCGACAGCCGAGAACUCGUCCGACGAACUCCUAGACGAGGUCAUACAUAUCGCCAGUGCUUUUCAGCUCAUUGGGUUCCCUCAUGUCGUCGGGACACUCUGGGAGGUCAGCGACAGAGCUGCCGUUGAAGUAAGCAGACUCUUUUACGAACAGCUGGGCCGGCAGAUGUGUAAUGGUGACGAGUCAAACAUCGCAUGCUGUCUCCACGAAGCUCUCCAGACAUACCGGAAAAGCAGGAAAGUUUCAAGAACGAAUGAUGUCCUUUCAUGGGCCCCAUUUAUCUACAUGGGUGCAUAA